AUGCACCUCCUCAAUCUCCUCAUCCUCCCCCUCCUCCCCCUCCUCACCACCGCUCAAACCGAACCCUCCACCCCUCCGACUCCCACCCCAACCACCCUCCAAACCGUCAUCUCCGCCGCCGCCGGCCCCGCCAUCGCAGCAGCGGCCGCCGCCCCCUCGCCCACCCAACCCGGCAUCGCCGCCAACUGCAACGCCUUCCACCUCGUCUCCAGCGGCGAAACCUGCACGACCAUCGCCGCCGCCGCCGGCAUCUCCCUCGCCAACUUCUACGCCUGGAACCCCAGCGUCGGCACCGGCUGCGACACCCUCUGGCUGGGCUACUACGUCUGCACGGGCGUGAGUCCCACCUCCACGCGCCCGGCGACAUCCACCACCGCGACGGCGGUCGCCACGCCCUCGCCCACCCAGUCCGGCAUGGUGGGCAACUGCGGGGCGUUCUAUUUGGUCGCCACGGGGGAUACGUGCACCACUAUUGCGCAGAAGGAGGGCGUGUCGGUCCAGAAUAUUAUCUCGUGGAAUCCGGCCGUCGGGACGGGCUGUACGAAUCUGUGGUGGGGGUAUUAUAUUUGUGUGGGGACUUUGUAG